AUUUGCUGGAGCAAGAAUAAUAGUCUAGUGUUUUUGAUAUCUUGACCUGCUUGCCAUAAUUUUAGUAAAUGGAACUCUUUUUGCUACUGCAGACAAUAAACAAAUAUCCUCUGGCAAAAUAGAAGCAUGUAGUCAUGUUUAAAACCCAGUGGAAGCAUUAAAGAGGGUCCUACUCUAUAUUAAUGCUUUUAGAUUUGAAAUUCAACACACACUGGUACCAAAUGUGUGGACAAAGUGAUUAUCAAUGGCAGUUUCUUAUUUACACUUUUUGUACUCUUCCUCAGUCCCUCAAAAUGCAGCUCGUUCCCUCCCUCCCUUUAUCCCAUCCCCUAUACUUGUUAUACUCUCCCACCUUCCACCAGGUCUGACGGUGGUUGUGGUACCUGCAGCACGUACUCCUCCAUGCAUGCAUAAACUAUGGCUUGGCUGCACUUCGUUCUGCUAACCCUGCUGCCCACCCUUAUCAUCCUAGCUGUGUCACCUGGGGUAGAAAGUGCUGCAGUCAAGGAUGAAAAACACAGUAAACCUGAGGGAUCAUCAAGGCAGGUCUUUGUGCCAGCAUCAGAUGCAUCAAACUUUUUUAAACGUCGUGGCCGCAGAUCCCCAAAACUGUAUGCAGAGUACGUUGCGGAGCAGCAAGUGCAGUUGGCUGUCACUGAGCGUAGGAGGGAGUACUAUGAGGAACAGAAGAAUGAGUAUGAGAACCAUGUGGAGGAGGUGCGAGAUGAGCAGUACGAGAGAACCCGGGAGAAGACAGAACAGUAUCGCGAGUAUCAGUACGAUGGGCUCUACCCACAAUAUCCUCACCACCGUCCCUAUGUCUGAGCAUGCUCAUAGACUAAAUAUCACUCAGAAAUGAGCCACCUCUUAAAAUGAUUUGGUUUUUUUCUCUUGAUUUGUUUACACUGCUUAUCAUGAAGGCAGUGAACAUAUUCUUUAUAAUAUUAACAUUUUUAAGUAAUUCAAGCUGUAUUUGAUAUACUUGUUAUGUACUUGAAAAAAUAUAUCACCUUUUAAUUACAAGUUGUAAUGUAAUAAAAUGACUAGGUGGUGUGUAAGGAUUUAACUGGUUUUGGAAUGAUCUGACAGUCAGUAGCAUAACUGACAAAUUUAAAAUAAAAUGAAUAUUGCUUAAUGAAAAAAAGUUCACACUAACUGACCCUCUGUGAUAGGAGAGAUUGGCCCACUAACACAGUCUUGUUGAAAAUGGGCUAAAUCACCACUGUUUUCAGUUGCACGAAUCUGCAUGUGUGGAAUAACCAUCAGAUUCACUUUGAAAGCCUCCACAGGUAUCUGUGUUUAACUGGAUUU